GAUUAAAUGAGCUAUUAAUUCAUUUCAAUUGCUGAUUUAAUUUAGCCAAUCUAUUAGAUUUGUCCAUAAUCAAAAUCAAUUUGGCCACAAUUGCAAUGCAAUUGGUCAAUUGAUCUUUAAUUUGGCCAAAACUUAAAUGAAUGGCCAAAUUCCCAAUUUGGAUCCAAUUUCGCCAAAUAACUUCAGCAGCCCAAAAAGAAUAAUUAUCAACCCAACAACAUUAGUGGCCCAAACACACCCAACCCAGUCCAAUAAAUGAUCCAACCCAGCCUAAACCCCCUUACUUCUCUAUCUAAUUCAACAAGAAACAGCAGCAACACCAACAGUACAUGCACAAUUCCAAAUCGCGACAACCUCUUCCAUCGACAACACCACGAACCCAACCCAACCACCUUGAACCUGACCCAGCUCUGAAACCCGUCCCCAACAACAUCGAUCAACAUCAGACACCUUCAAUAUCGUCAUCCCGACCUCAACGCAAAAAUCAUGAAAUUGAUCCGACCCGACCCUUCUCAACGUGGCUCACGCGAGUUUGUGCAAAGAAGCCUCAAGAUCAUUCUAGAAUAUCAAUUAGGUGUCGUCCUCCAACAUACAACUCCACGAAUCUCGGGUACCAUGGGGGUUUCAAAAUCUCUAUGAGGAAAAAGAAAAAGGGACGCUCUAUUGGUGGUCGACGUUGCGAGAUUCCAGUAGUGACAAGUUUGCUGAUAGCUCAUCGUCCCGUUUUGCUGUCCCGAAGGAGGAGUUGAAAGAAAAGGAAUGGGUUAAAGUCCCGUAUUUGAAGCGGCUAAGAGACAAAAGUCUCAUUUAUUAUUUCAUUUUGUUUAAUUAGUGUUUUUUUUAUUAUUAUUUAUUGUUUAUUUUAUUUUGUUUAUUCACUACACUAAAAAUUCUCUCCCAACGGCUCUCUCCCCCUCUCUCUCUCUCCCGACCCUCUCUCCACCCCUAGCUUACCGGCCCCCGGUUCCCGGCGCCGUCGCUGACCUUCGGCGCCGACCCGAUCCGGCCGCCGGCUCCGACCUACGGUCGCCGGCGCUGACCAGACCGCCGGCUACGACCUCCGGUCGCCGGUUCUCCCUCUCUCUCUCUCUCCCUACCCCCUCUCCAUCCCAAGCGCACCGGCCCCCGGUCCCCGGCGCCGUCGCUGAACGUCGGAGCCGACCAGAUCCGACCGCCGGCUCCGACCUCCGGUCCCCGGCGCUGACCCGACCUGACCCCCGGUCGUCGCUCCCCGGCGCUGACCCGACCCCCUCCGUCGGUUCAUAC